GUUCGGCGCGGCGGUUGGUGGGGCCAAAGAGGGAGCCGCUCCUGCCUCUGAGCCGGACUCGGCCUCCGGGGUAGAGACGGCGGGAGGCGGUCGUGGCGUUCCCCGGGCGCCUGGAGGAGCGGCGAUGGCGGCUCCGGCGGCGCCCCCGGCGGCGGUGGCGGCGGCGGCUCCGGGCGGCAGCGGAGGCGGUGCCGGCGGCGGAGGCUCGGGGUCGCCGGGGGCCGGCGGCCGGUUGCCGAGCCGGGUGCUGGAGCUGGUGUUCUCGUACUUGGAGCUGGCCGAGCUGCGGAGCUGCGCGCUCGUGUGCAAGCACUGGUACCGCUGCCUGCACGGCGACGAGAACAGCGAGGUGUGGCGGAGCCUCUGCGCCCGCAGCCUGGCUGAGGAGGCGCUGCGCACCGACAUCCUCUGCAACCUGCCCAGCUACAAGGCCAAGGUACGUGCCUUCCAACAUGCCUUCAGCACCAAUGACUGUUCCAGGAAUGUCUACAUUAAGAAGAAUGGAUUUACUUUACAUCGGAAUCCCAUCGCCCAGAGCACUGAUGGUGCAAGGACCAAGAUUGGUUUCAGUGAGGGCCGUCAUGCUUGGGAGGUCUGGUGGGAGGGCCCCCUGGGCACUGUGGCUGUGAUUGGAAUUGCCACAAAACGGGCCCCAAUGCAAUGUCAGGGUUAUGUGGCAUUGCUGGGCAGUGACGACCAGAGCUGGGGCUGGAACCUAGUGGACAAUAACCUACUGCAUAAUGGGGAAGUCAAUGGCAGUUUUCCACAGUGCAACAAUGCACCAAAAUAUCAGGUGAGAAACUGGGCCUUGCCUGCUAUUGGCACACCCUGGAAUCACACAAGAAAAGUUUUGGAUGACAAAAGCUGUGGGCCUAGCAUAUCCUUAAGAUAGGAGAAAGGAUUCGAGUCAUCUUAGACAUGGAAGAUAAGACUUUAGCUUUUGAACGUGGCUAUGAGUUCCUUGGGGUUGCCUUUAGAGGACUGCCAAAGGUCUGCUUAUACCCAGCAGUAUCUGCUGUGUAUGGCAACACGGAGGUGACUUUGGUUUACCUAGGGAAACCAUUGGAUGGAUGACGGUGGCUUUUUUGGGAUCCAGGAAUGGAGGAGAAAUCUGCUUGUGGAGAGUGGAAUCAUGAGAGGACAACGCCAUGCAUGCUUGUCCAAGAAACAUCCUGGGAAACACAUGGAAUUGUAAACUGGAGAAGCAAUUCUACAGCAGGGAUUGUCUUUCUGUUUCCUCUUUCAACCAGUCCAGAAAAAUCCUCAGGGUUGCAGUUGGUUGAGUGGGCAGUUGAUAUGUGCAUGUUGCAACAGAUUUCAUCUCAAAGCUAGCAAUGUGUGAUCUCAGAUGUUUAAGGUGAGAUUUCCAAGAUGCUGUGACUGACAGGGAUAAGAUAAGGAGAUAACUUUGAGAUUUGUAAGUAGUGUGUUUGUGAAGAAAGACUUCCCAUUUUACAACUGCCUGUUCUCCACUCCCUCACACUCUCAACUCCCCAAUCCCUCUGCAGCCAGCCUGGCUAUUAGAGAAUGAAGCUGGUUGGGUUUUAUUUAAUAUUUUUAAUAUACUGAGAAGCAUGGUCUGCCUGGACUGCACUUCUCUAACAGAGAGAAAAUUGUGCAGCUAUUUUAAAAAUUGUAUAUACAGUUCAUGUAAAAAAAAACUGUAAAAAACAAAAAGGACAAAGAGUUACUUUGUUCUGAUUUAAUUUCUUAAAAGAAAAACCACUACAUGGUACAAAUUAGAACAACUUGGGACAACUAGAUAGUUAAUGUACUUAAAAAAAAAGUUUACAGAGAGGUGCUGUGUCGGUUCAUUUUGUAUUGUAUUUGGCUUAUGGUUUCCAUAGCUAUUGCAUUCUGUUUUCAUGGUCCAAAAUGAUGAUGACAACACCCCAAAUCUUUUAGCUGAAAAUUUCCUUUCUGUUGAAGAGUGAAGGAAGGCAAAUCUAUUUUUGGUUACACAUUAGUAUCAAUAAGGAUGAUCUAAAAAUAUUCUCAAUAUGUAUUCAUGUAAUGUCUGACCCUACCUCUUGGCCUUCCAAGAAAAAAAAACUGUCUAUAUACACAUAAUUAUAUUUGCUCUUGAAUAUAUUAAAUUCAAGACCCAUGUUAGGAUAAUAAAUUGGCCUUAGGAAAAGAGUUAUUGGAUUAUGUUUUCCUUUUGUUUUGUAUCUUGUAAUGCAGUAGAUAGACUUGAGUUCCCCCCCCCCCCAAAAAAAAAAAAUCUGCUGGUUGUACCAUGCAAGCAGCUUAAGCUACUUGAUGGGUUACCAAAAUAAUACUUUCUUAGUGGUGAUAUGAAUUCUUACCAUUUUGGUGUCAGCAUAGAGUCUAAGAAUGUUCCUAUACUCAUUGAAAAUAAUUGACUACCCAGAACUUGUCAAAUAUUUCCUGAAAACUUCAGGUUGGCAGUAUUCUGAAGGCUUUUGUAAGUGAUUCCAAGGUUUACCUCUAUCUAAAAUUUUGACUUCUAAAGAAGUAGCUUCUUAUCUGAUGUCACCUUGGAAUUGAUAAUGUUCAACAUAUAGACUGAGAUGUUGGAGGUCUAGUGAUUGGAGCAAAAGCAAUUACAUCAUCUUUCUGUGUUAAAACAUAUGAAUUGUGUGAUUUCAAACCUGUCUUUGUGUUAAGAACUUGCUUUAAGGGAGAAGUGGAAUCUUUGUGCCUCUUAGGCUGUUGCCAUGUGUAUGUUUGUUUUUAGAUCUAAUAAAAUCAGGGUAUAUGGUACAGCAGGCAGCUGGCUGGGAUUCUUGGGUGUCUUCUGGAGAAUUAUGUUUAUAAUAUUAGAUAAUCAUCUGAUUUAGAGUGGUAGAAAUAAGCCCCAGAACAAAGAUAUAUUACAUGCUGCCAUUUGCAAGAUUUUAAAGUAUUUAUUUCAUCUUUGGAAUAUUGCUUGAAGGAGGAAAACUGUUGAGGAUCCUCUUUUCUUGUAUAUGUAUCCAUGGAAGAAACCUUGAAACACCAUAUUAAAAUUGAAUAGAGUGGGAUUGUGAGUGUGAGUUUGUUAGAUAAACAUAGCUGCUACAGCAAUAUUGGAAAAAAUAACUAAUUCACACAAAGGAAAGAACUAGACUCAAAUUCAAAUUGAUUCCAGUUUGAAUAAUUUAAAUUCCCCUAUUACUUGCCAUUUCUUAUUAAAGAAUACAGCCAAUUCCAAGAACUUUUCCUGAGUAUUUUUUUUGGGUAAAAUUUGAUACCUUUAUUAAUGCUUUGUUUGCUUCUAAGUUUUAUAGGUGCUAUCUGGACAAUAGAGACACAUAGUUGGUGCACAACGAAUUUAUAAUCCCUAAUUGUCAAAAUAUGUCAUGGUAGACCAUAUCUCUCUUGCAGGAGCUUUAAAUAUCCCAGUGUCCCAUUUGCAUUUUCCAUAAAGUAAAGUUGAGGUAGUAGGGGGAGGGAAGCUAGGAAAAGUAAAGAGCCUUUACUUAUAACUUGAUAUAAUUUAUUGGAGACCAAUAUUAGCUGUAUAAAACAUUAAAAUAAACUAUUACAAUGUUCAAGGAA